AUGAAGUUUUCUCAUUCCUUACAGUUCAACGCUGUCCCGGAAUGGUCCUCCAAGUACAUAGCUUAUACUACUCUUAAGAAGCUUAUCUAUCAGCUUCAAAGAGAUUCCCUCCGAUUUAAAGGAGGGGAUUUAGAACUGGCUCACUUGAUUGAAAAUGAGCAUGCUUUGGAUGACUCCAAAGAUCCAAAAGGAGUGUUUAUAGCUGCUUUAGACGCAGAAUUGAAGAAAAUUGACACCUUUUAUCGUACUCAAGAGACUAUCAUAUUUAAAAAUGUGGAUGAGUUGGUAGUUGAUAUUGAGAACUUUGAAAAUGAGUUGCAAACACGUGGUUCCAUCGAUGAUGAUUUAAGAUUACCAAGAUCUGCAACCCAACCACUUCCUUCUCUGCAGCGUAAUCCCUUAACCACUACUGAUGGGGAAACUGAAGGUUUUGAAGAUGAAGAUGAAGACGAAGAUGAAGACGAUGGUGAAAUUUCUCCUUUCAAUUCCCGUCAAGAUGACGCUUUGUCGUCAGUUGGAGCACCACCAAAAGCGGGCCGUCGUAAAUCAGCUGCAUCUUUAUCUUCAUUGAGUCAGUCUAGAUCAAAAGUAGAUUCAAUGAUGAAAUCUCCCAAGACUCCCUUAACUUGGAAAAAUCCAUUGCCAGCUCAAUUACUCUUAUUAUCUGAAACAAGAGUUAUUUUGCGUAAACGGAUUAUUGGGCUCUAUACCACACUUUCAGAGUUGAAAUCUUUCAUAGAAUUGAACCAUACUGGGUUUAAGAAAGCAUUGAAGAAGUUUGAUAAGUCCUUGAAUACUUCAAUUAAAGAUGACUAUUUGAAUAAACUUCCUGAAGAAUCAUAUAUUUUCAAACCAGAAACUAUCAAGCGUGUUGAUGAUAACAUAGAGUCAUUGAUUCAAGUGUACGCUUUGAUUUGUAACCAUUCUGAUUUAGAACAAGCCAAACAAGAAUUAUCAAUCCAUUUACGUGAACAUGUGGUUUGGGAGCGUAAUACUGUUUGGAGAGAUAUGAUUGGUUUAGAACGGAAAGCAAACCGUGUCACACAAUCUGCUGCUAGUGAUUCUGAAAAAGGAAGAACUAAAAAGGUUGAAUUCAAGUUAUCGUUAAAAAACAACCCUACAUUAUACAAGUUGAUUGUCAUUACUGCCAUUACUCUUGCACUAUUGCAUUGGUCUCCAUUUGAUGAUGAACAACAAAAGAACUGUUUUGCAUUAUUAAUAUGUGCUUCAUUACUCUGGGCCACAGAGAGUCUUCCACUUUUUGUUACUUCCCUUUUAAUUCCCUUAUUGAUCCUUGUAUUCCAAGUUUUAAAGAAUCCUGAUGGUAGUCCGAUGGAAGCAGUUGAUGCUUCAAAGUACAUUUUGAGUACAAUGUGGAAUUCGGUUAUCUUACUUCUUUUAGGUGGGUUUACUCUUGCUGCCGCACUUUCCAAAUAUCAUAUUGCCAAGUUAUUGUCAACGUGGAUACUUUCAAAGGCAGGUACCAACCCUUCUAUUGUUCUUUUAACUAUUAUGGGUGUUGCAUUAUUUUCAUCAAUGUGGAUCUCAAAUGUGGCAGCCCCUGUUCUUUGUUUCUCAUUAAUUCAACCACUCUUAAGAACGUUACCCAAAACUUCAAACUUUUCAAAUGCUUUGAUUUUAGGAAUUGCACUUGCAUCAAAUAUAGGAGGUAUGGCUUCUCCAAUUGCUUCACCACAGAAUAUGAUUGCGAUUGGUGUCAUGGAUCCUGCUCCUUCUUGGGGUGAAUGGUUUGUUAUUGCAACCCCUGUGUGUCUUUUAUCAUUGCUAUUAAUUUGGGUUUUCUUAUUGAUUAGUUUUAACACCAAUUCCAGAAAUACCCAUUUGGUGCCAAUUCGGACUAUAGACGACAAGUUUACAGGUGUUCAAUGGUAUAUUGUUUUUGUUUCCAUCUUAACCAUUGUUCUUUGGUGUGUUGCUAGUAGAUUAGAAGGAAUUUUCGGAGAGAUGGGAAUUAUUGCAUUAAUUCCAUUAAUACUUUUCUUUGGUCCUGGAUUGUUAUCGACUGAAGAUUUCAAUAAUUACCCAUGGAACAUCGUUGUUUUAGCAAUGGGAGGUACUGCGUUAGGUAAGGCUGUUAGUUCUUCAGGCUUAUUAAACACCAUUGCCAUUUCCAUUCAAAAGCAAGUUCAAGACUUUUCUUUGUUUGGAGUUACUCUUACUUUUGGGCUAUUGAUUCUUGUCAUGGCGACAUUUGUUAGUCACACAGUGGCUGCCUUGAUCGUCUUACCUCUUGUGUCUGAAAUUGGUAACAAUUUAUCUCACCCACGUCCUCGUUUAUUGGUUAUGGUCAGCGCUUUGUUAUGCUCCGCUGCUAUGGGAUUACCCACUUCUGGGUUCCCCAACGUCAAUGCCAUCUGUAUGACUGAUGAAUUUGGUAAACCGUAUUUGACAGUCAGCACAUUUAUCACCAGAGGGGUUCCAAGUUCAGUUAUAGCUUAUUUGAUGAUUGUUACUGUUGGAUUUGGGAUUAUGAUGGUGAUUGGAUUUUAA